AUGGAUAUCGACCAGCAGGGAAACGUCGAGACAGCAUUCAUUCUCCCAAACGAGUUGAUCGCUCUAUUUCUCGAUGAACUUGAUGUAGUAUCCCUUCUGAGAUGCAAAGAAGUAUGCCGGUUGUUCAAUUCCGUCAUCGCCACUAAUGUGCAACUUCUCUACAAAAUCGAGUUGUUUUUUGGACGGUUUGAGAAUGGACGCCACUGUAAUCUUGAUACAGUUAGCCGCCUUCGUGCCUGCCGACAAUAUCAACAGGCUUGGAACAACCUAUCUUUUCCGGAUUCUCGGUUCGUAAGCAUGCAGGAAGGUCAUGCUUGGGAAUUGUCCGGGGGAGUAUUGUGUCAAGCUAUGCGCUCAGGGCUUUCAUGCCUACAACUUCCCUGCAAAAUCAAAGACAUUCCCGAGAGAGAAUGGUCUAUCAAUGACUUUGGAUUCGAGAUCCGAGACUUCACCAUCGAUACGUCCCAGGACUUGAUCGUUGCUGUGGAACCAGUAGGUAUCAUCCCGAAUCUAUCAUGCAAGAUACACAUGAGAACGUUAAUGACUGGCGAGCAUCAUCCAAUGUCUUCCGUGCCCUUCGUGACACACACGCCAUCCAGCGAGCAUGAAGAGCUUAGGUUCCUUAUUCAAGUUUGUGGCUCCCGCGUUGCAGUAUUGUUUCAAGAACUCGCAGAUGAACCCACCUGCGAGCUGGUGAUCUGGGACUGGAAAUCGGGUCAGCAGAAGCUCUUCAUUCGAGACGCAGACCUUAAAUCCUUUUCUUUCGUCACAGAAAACUUGGUUUUGGUCGGCAUUGUGGAGAGUGACGAGGCGCCCCCCCGUCUGGACGUCCUCAGUAUUGACAACUUCAGCGGAGCGAUGGUGCAGUAUCAGGAUGUCAAUUAUAUUUGCGGCCUGGAGUAUCCAAAGAUGAAGGCCAACGUUAUAGACAUGUUGAUUCGCUCCGAGCCGACUCCGGGUUGGUCUCCCUCUCAGUCUCUCCGAAUUCCCUUCUUCUUCGCUCGCAGUGACCGCAUCUUCACCAUCACCAUGCGGGUUAGCCCCGACAGCAAUAGCACCGAAGAGAGUACUGUGCUAAUCGUUCCCUUAUCCACUAUCAUGGCUCAGAUUGAAUUGACCCACAAUACACCAAAACGGCUUGUCCCAUGGAGGAAAUGGGGUCCGAAUGGUUCUCAUAUGCUCCUUCGCAACCCGUCCGAAGUCUGGGUUUGCUACGUCUACGGUAUGAAGUUCAUCCAGCUUCUGCGAUGGCAAAAAGGGACCCGCGCAAGGGUGUAUGAUUUCAACAAGUAUGCGGCGAGGAGGGAUGUUCGAAAUGAACAGACAACGGAACCGAAGCUUCUGUGGAAACGCUUAGGAAUGGUCCGGGCACUCAGUUCGCGUUGUUCUGCCUUCAAUGAAGAAGUCUACACUUAUCUUCCUGGCCGUGUUGCGAUUGUAGAAGUGAUGCCGAGUGAUACACCUCACGACUGGGAGGCGGCUAUGAUUGGCGAAGACAACAUCGUCGUGGUUUCUCCUAAUGCAAGGAAGUAUGGUUAUAUCGCCAUGUAGAUUGGCAGGUCGUCGCUCUGAACAGUGUAUAUCGUAUUCGUUACCUCGUCUCAAGAAUUUGAUUUUUGAUUUCAUAACACUCCUGAAUUUAAAUUUCCCUACUAGAAAUACUUGCGCCAUACA